AUGUCGGCCAAGAAAUCGGUCCUUAUCACGGGCUGUAGCGAGGGAGGUAUAGGUUACGCGUUAGCUAAGGAGUUUCAAGCCAAUGGCCUACGUGUUUUCGCUACUGCACGUUCGUUAUCGAAGGUAGCCCCCCUCAAAGAUCUCCCCAACGUCACAGUGCUGCCCCUAGAUGUCACUUCGCCCGGGUCUAUCACAGCUGUCGUGCCCAUCGUCUCCGGCGCGACGGGGGGCAAGUUAGACUACCUUGUCAACAACUCUGGCCUGCAAGUCCUCAACCCGCUACUUGAUUCCAACUUAAAACAGGCUAGGGAUAUGUUCGAAGUCAAUUUGUUCGGGGCAAUCGCUAUGGUCCAAGCCUUCGCUCCUUUGCUUAUCGCAGCCGAGGGUUGUGUCGUUAAUAUGACUUCUAUCACCGCGUUGAUGUCUCCACCUUGGAUGGGGUUCUACGCUGGUUCUAAGUCUGCCUUCGUCACCGUCAGUGAGUGCCUGCGUCUAGAGCUACAGCCGCUUGGUGUACGUGUGGUCACCAUCAACGUAGGUGCCGUAAAGACCAAUAUUUUUAACAAUGCCCCUGCACACUACGAACUAUCGCCUGGCUCAGUGUAUGGUCCGAUAGAAAAGCAGAUAGGGGCAAGGGUGACAGGAAAUGACGUCUCUGGUCAGAAAGACACCCCUGAAGUUUUUGCUCGCGUGCUUGUCGCUAGGGUUCUGGGUGGUGCAACUGGGAAAGUCUCAUGCGGAAAGUUCUCGACCACUAUUAGAGUUCUCACGACAUAUUUUCCGACAUGGAUCAUUGAUCGUUUGAGCAUUGUUAAUACUGGACUCGAUACGUGGAAAUAG